AGGAUGGACGGUUUCCGCUAAUGACGUAGUCAACAUCCUGUGUAGUUUGGAAAAGGAGAGUUUUUUUGCUAGCAAUAUCUCUGGUUAUAGUUAAUACCACAAUUGCUUAACUAAACAAGCUAGUGAAAAUAUAUUCAAAAUAAAUUUGUAUGUAUUUUAAACUUGUUAAAAUUGUACUGAAAGCUAACGUUAAUUAGUUAACGUUAAGCUAGCCUACUCAUACUAUAGCCGGUAAUUUCUGGUGGAUCAAGUUUGUGUCGAGGAGAGAACAAGGCUGCCUGCGUUAGAAGACAGAGGUUAUUCACACCACCACCAUGAAGCUUUUCAGUCUGAGUGUGCUGUAUAAAGGGACCACCAAGUCUAACCUACUGAAAGCUGCCUUCGACCUGUCAUCCUUCAGCUUCUUCCAGAAGUCCAGUGUUCAGGAGUUCAUGACAUUCACCAGUGACCUCAUAGUUCAACGCUCGUCUAUAGGGAGCCGAGCCUCUGUCAAAGAACAAGAGUACCUGUGUCACGUGUAUGUAAGGAACGACUCCCUGGGUGCGGUGGUGAUUGCUGACGGAGAGUAUCCCUCUAGAGUGUGCUUCACCCUACUGGAUAAGGUGCUGGAGGAAUUUUCCAGACAGGUGAGCAGUAUAGACUGGCCCUCUGGUUCUCCUGACACUGUCCACUAUACUGCCCUGGACAGCUACCUCGCCAAGUACCAGAAUCCUCGGGAGGCGGACGCAAUGAGUAAAGUACAAGCUGAGCUGGACGAAACCAAAAUAAUUCUGCACAACACUAUGGAAAGUCUGUUGGAGAGAGGAGAGAAGCUGGAUGAUCUAGUCCAGAAGUCUGAACACCUGGGGAACCAGUCUAAAGCCUUCUACAAGACGGCGCGGAAGCAGAACUCUUGCUGUGAGGUCAUGUGAUGUUGCUGAACCCCUCUUGAUCUCCUCACCCCCCGGAUGUGCCAUGACUAUCAGCCUUCAUAUUAUACUUGUUUCUCUGCGUGUGAGCAUACCGGCGAAAUGGUUGUGUGGUGAAGUGUUCAGGUGAUAGUUGUUGGAGCCUUUUUGCAGUUGAUUAGGCCUAAGUGCUGUUUUCUGAAUAUGUUGAGUGAAUUCUAUACAUUCCUAGUUGUGAAAAAGUACAUGACUUGUUUGUGUGUUUGAGAAGUGAACAUUGUGUGUGUGUGUGUGUGUGUGUGUGUGUACACAGUAAAGCAGGGGUUAUUAAACCUUUUCAGCCUGUGAACCAAAUGAGAAAGUCGAUGUUUUCUUGGGACCCAAGCUCAUGAAAACAUGCCCCCUUUUUGGGGGUCCUAAGAAAACAUUUUAGUGGCCCCCCCCGUUGAUGGCGGAGAAAAAAUGGAUGUUUUAAAGCAAGUUUCUGCAAUUCUACACUUUUUGCCAUGGGGCAGAGCAUUUUUUUCUGCAGUUUUACAGCUAGUUUCCUGCAAUUCUACCCAUUUUGACAUGGCUUACAUCAUGUUAAUAUGGUAUCUGAGUGAGAGUAGUUACCAAAAUCAAUGUGCUCCUGUACAGUGUUGGAAAAAGUACCCAAUUGUCAUAAUUGAUUAAAAGUAAAGAUACGUUAAUAGAAAAGUGAAAGUCACCCAGUAAAAUAGAGUAAAAGUAUUUGGUUUUAAAUAUACUUAAGUAUCAAACGUGAUUGUAAUGGCUAAAAUAUACUUAGUAUCGAAAGUUAAAGUAUAACUCAUUUCAAAUUCCUUAUAUUAGGCAAACCAGAUGGUUUUUAAUUUAUGGAUAGCCAGGGGCACACUCCAACACUCAGACAUAAUUUACAAACAAAGUAUUUGUGUUUAGUGAGUCAUACCAGAUCAGGGGCAGAAGAGAUGACCAGGGAUGUUCUCUUGAUAAGUGUGUGAAUUGGACUAUUUUCCUGUCCUUGCUAAGCAUUUGAAAUGUAAGUACUUUUGGGUGUCAGUGAAAAUCUAUGGAGUAAAAAGUACAUUCUUGUAUAUAGGAAUGUAGUGAAGUAAAAGUCUUACUUUUUUUUUUUUUUUUUUUGACACAAAAAAACCUACUUUAGUGCUUUAAAGUAUUUUUACUUCAGUACUUUACACCACUGCCCUUGGCCACAUGGCCUGUUGGUAUUUUGCCAUGAUUACUACAAGUUUAGAUGGCUAGACUGAAUUACCAAUCUAAAAAACUGUUAGCUGACGUGGCUAAUUUAGUGACUGACAUAACGAGAAAACUGGUGAUGCACAACAACAUUUCUAAAUAGCACCUUGUGUAUUCUACUAUUCUAACUAAGUUUCAACAGUAAGUUGAGACCCCGACUGAGUUCCUAAAAAAAACAUUUGAAAUACAUUUAUUAACAUCUACAUUUGCCACAUUUAUUCUAUACAGACACCUUAAUGCAAACUUUUAAAUGAUAUUAUGUGAGCUAAGCCUACAAAUAAAAUGUAUAAAAACGUUUACAUUUGAGAUUACUAAUGUUACUGUCCCCACUACAAAAUAUUGUUACGUUACAGCCUUAUUCUAAAAUUGAUUAAAUACAUUUGUUUCCUCAUGUACACACAAUGCCCCAUAAUGACAAAGCAAAAAGAGGUUUUUAUUAAUAUUUGCACAUUUAUAAAAACAUUAACUAAAAUGUUUCAUUUACAUAAGUAUUCAGACCCUUUUUAGUACUUUGUUGAAGCACCUUUGGCAGCGAUUUACAGCCUCAAGUCUUCUUGGGUAUGACUCUAAAAGGUUUCUCUGCAGAUCCUCUCAAGCUCUGUCAGGUUGGAUGGAGAGUGUUGUUCUACAGCUAAUUUUAGGUCUCCAGAGAUGCUAAAUUGGGUUCAAGUCUGGGCUCUGGCUGGGCCACACAAAGCCAUUCAGAGACUUGUCCCGAAGCCACUCCUGCGUUGCCUUCGCUGUGUGCUUAGGGUUAUUUUCCUGUUGGAAGGUGAACCUUCGCGCCAGUCUGAGGUCCUGAGCGCUCCAGAGCGCUCUUCAUCAAGGAUCUCUCUGUACUUUGCUCUGUUCAUCUUUCCCUCGAUCCUGACUAGUCUCCCAGACCCAGCCUCUGAAAAACAUCCCCACAGCAUGAUGCUUCCACCACCAUGCUUCACUGUAGGGAUGGUGCCAGGUUUCCUCCAGACGUGAUGCUUGACAUUCUGGACGAAGAGUUAAAUCUUGUUUCUCAUGGUCUGAGUCCUUUAGGUGCCUUUUGGCAAACUCCAAGCGGGCUGUCAUCUGGCUUCUGUCUGGCUACUCUACCAUAAAGCCCUGAUUGGUGGAGUGCUGCAGAGAUGGUUGUCCUUCUGGAAGGUUCUCCUAUCUCCGCAGAGGAACUCUGGAGCUCUGUCAGUGACCAUCGGGUUCUUGAUCACCUCCCUGACCAAGGCCCAUCUUCCCUGAUUGCUCAGUCUCCUGGGUGGCCAGCUCUAGGAAGAGUCUGGGUUGUUCCAAACUUCUUCCAUGUAAGAAUGAUGGAGGCCAAUGUGUUCUUGGGGACCUUUUAAUGCUGCAGAAAUGUUUUGGUACCCUUCCCCAGAAAAUUCCUUCGACCUCAUGUCCUGGUUUUUGCUCUGACAUGCACUGUCAACUGUGGGACCUUUUAUAUAGUGUGGUGGAAUUAUUGAAAUCAAAAGGAGACUUUUAGAUUUCCUAAAAAUAAUCAAACUUUAUUCUUUAAUUACUGCAGUAAUGGAGCUGGUCGGUAAACCCCUGGAGGUGAUCACUGAGAACUCAACGAGAUGGUUUGAGCCACAGCAUUGUAUAGCAAAGUCCAUCCUUCUUCAGUCUAUAUGACAAACAACAGAUGUAUGGAUUGUGUCACAAGGUUAAGAUUUGUAUGAAAGAUACUUAUAAUUCACAGCAGACAGUAUCUGCUCUAAAAAAACAGUUCUCAUUGUGUAGAGACCAGGGUCUGGCCCCCAACUCCAUACGGGAGCCAUCUCCCCCUGGUACCCCAGUACAGAAACAUUAACUCAUGCUCUGGAAUGUGGUAUCACCCAAAGACAUCGUAAAUCUCCUAUCAGUGUUAUCUCCCAGAGGCCCACUUUCAGUUCACACAGACACAAUGGAGUUAUAAGAACCCUCUAUUCUGUUGCAUUAAACAACCAUUUGAUGCAAUAAAAGUAUAACAUACUCUUGUAAUUUCCACCAUAAUAGACAGGUGUGUGCCUUUCCAAAUCAUGUCCAAUCAAUUUAAUUUACCACAGAAUGACUCCAAGUUGUAGAAACAUCUCAAGGGUGAUCAAUGGAAACACAAUGCACCUGAGCUGAAUUUAGUCUCAUAGUAAAGGGUCGGAAAACUUAUGUAAACCAUGUAUUUCUGUUUUGUAUUUUUAAUACAUUUGCAAAUAUUUCUGAAACUGUUUUCGCUUUGUCAUUAUAGGGUGUUGUGUGUAGAUUGACAAACAUUUUCUAUUUAAUCCAUUUUAGAAUAAGGCUGUAAUGUAACAAAAUUUUGAAAUGGUCAAGGGGUCUGAAUACUAAUGCACCUGUAGCAUCAGCAAUCCAAAGUGGAUCUCAACCCAUACUUUAAGAAAGGCUGCAGUAAAGCAUCGGGUAACAUGGUGCCAGAUAAGAGUCUUUCAUUCUCUGCCGAGAGAUUCCAAAAUCCAGCAGGCCUUGCAAUGUGCCUUCUCUCUCCAGCCUGGCCUGGGAACCGACUCCCUACCCUUCUCCUUGUCCACUCCACACCUGAAACGAGUCCAAGCCACCAGCCAAAUUCUGGUAAAUGGUCUGAGAUGCUGCUGACAUUUUUCAUCCAACAGAGAUAAUGGAUGGCGGACAUACGGUUAUUUUCAGGCCCUUGGACUAUAAGGAACUCCCUCCAGCCCAAAGUUAUACCAAUGCAUCCGUGUGUACACUCCUGGAACCACAGCCUCACUGUAUGUGCCAAAUGUUCUAAAAUAAACCUUCAUGCCGGUUCAUCUUAUAUUAUUGUAGCGGUUAUUUGACAAUUGUUUAUUUACUUGAGUAAAACCCUCACACCUGCAUCCAUUCUGUAUAUUCAGGUUAAGCUGCCUACCUACCAUAGGUAUGUAGCAUGCCUUCUUGACUAAAAUACCCUCUUCUGUUUGAUCAUUCAAACUUCUCUUACCGCUCUUAAAUGUAACCAUGUGGACAUUGUAUUAAAUGUGAAACAAGAUAUGGGCUUGCAAUCAUAAUCAAUAAAAUAAUUUGAACCAUA